AUGUCGCUGGCAUCACAGAUGUUUACUUACAUCCGCACUAGAUGUCAACUGUAUGGUCAAAAACAUAUUUUAAAACACUUUGGCAUUAGAGGUAUUGUAUGUCCAGCACAUACUUUUUCAACAAACUCCACAUCAGAGGCCAACAAGGGAAACUCAAAAAGGAAAGUGGUUGAUAUCUCUGAGAAUCCAUUUUUCGACAAAUACAAAUCAAAGCUUCAAUACCUGCAAAGUGCCAAUCCAGAAGAAUAUAAUGAAAAAGUCAAGGAAUUAUCAGAAAGAUUCAAACCAAAAAAAGCAGAUGUAAAUGCAAGGACUGCGUCUUCUGACCCAGGCUUCAAUCCCAUACAAGUGACACCACCAUCAGAAACAGCCAGGGCUGGUGCUGGCAUGACAUCUUCAAAGGGCUUGGAUUCAAUACUGAAGAUGGACUUGAUUCACGACAAAACAGCAGAAGAAAUUAGCAAAAUUUGGAAUCAAUACCACAGUGGCAAGGAUUGUGUUUAUGCUGUUCUGAAGGCAGAAGACUAUGAGAAUUUGAGGGAGAAAUCUAAAGAAUGUCCAGUUUUUGUGUAUCCAGUUCGCAGAGAUGAUGGUUUUGAAUUCAUUUUGUCCCAGUUUGACAGAAAUGAAGUAUACUUCACUCCAUUAGGAAUGUUUCAGAUGGUGAGAGAAAAUGCACCGCCAUGUUUGACACUAACUCAUUACACAGAUUUGAUAGAGGACAAGGGCAUCGUCUUAAUGAACGGGCAGUUUGAUGAGAAAGUGUUGAAGCAACAGCUUGCCCUAAGUCUUGUUCAGCAAAUGAGUAUCUAUUAUGGCAGAAACUCCAAGUUUUACAAUCUUGUUUACCGCUUCAACUAUGAGCCACAUAAUUUUCAGUACCAGGAGCUCAUUGAUGCCUUGAAGUCUCUUCCCCAGUAUGACAUAAAAUGA